CGUGACGAUGGCUAUGAAAAGUGGUUGCAUUUAUGAGAAAUGGUCCAUCCUUUUUAUCUUAAUCACACACUCGGAAAAAGUUUCCAAUAAUCGUUAACCAUUUCUUCAAUGAACACUCUUGUGAAGAGCGGUGGCGCGUGGAUGGUUUCCCCGUCGUUGGCGGCGGCUGCUCUGAGGAGAAUUAGAGUGUCUGGUUUCGCCACGUCAUCAUCAUCUUCUUCUUCUCCCAAUUGGGAAGGUGGAGUUUCCUUAGUCCAGGGAGCUUCUAGAGGCAUCGGCCUCGAAUUUGUACGACAGUUGCUGGAGAAGAAUGAGAAAGGGUAUGUUGUUGCUACUUGCCGAAAUCCAAAAGAUGCAACAAGUCUCUCUGAUUUGAAGAACCGUUUCUCUGAAAGGCUUGUCAUCCAAAAGCUUGAUGUUACAGAUGAAGCUACCAUUGAGGAAUCAGCCGAAUCUGUAAAAGAUAGAUAUGGUUCUCUGAACCUACUUGUAAAUGCAGCUGGUAUACUUUCCAUUCCUGGUGUACUGCAGCCAGAAACAACAUUGUACAAGGUUGAAAAAUCAUCAUUGAUGCUUGCUUAUGAGGUUAACGCUGUUGGUCCAAUGCUAAUGAUGAAGCAUAUGUGGCCUCUCCUUAAGGCUGGUGGAGGAAGUGGAACCGAGAGGGAAGUUGCAGUUGUAGCCAAUUUAAGCGCUCGAGUUGGAUCCAUUGGAGAUAAUCGACUUGGUGGUUGGCACUCUUACAGGGCUUCAAAAACCGCACUCAAUCAACUGACUAAAAAUGUAUCAGUUGAGUUGGGUAGGAGGAAAGAUCCUGUGGUAUGCAUUCUACUGCAUCCAGGCACAGUAGACACUGAUCUCUCUCGACCGUUUCAAAAGAAUGUUCCCGAAGGAAAGCUUUUCACAAGAGAGUACUCCGUUCAGAAGUUAUUGCACAUCAUCAACAAUGCAAAGAAACAAGAUAACGGCAAGUUCUUUGCUUGGGACGGUCAGGAGAUACCUUGGUGAUUGCUUGAAUACUACUGUAUUCUCGAAACUGAAUAGGGAAUUCUUGUCGGGAUCUCUUUUUCUGCUUUCUUGUUUCGCGAGCAUUUCCUUGGAGUAUUAUCGAAUAACUUGGAGUGAGUAUCCAGAAGCUUAGAGCUCUCUGAGUAUAUAAUAAUCAUUGUGAUGGUCCAAUCUUCUAUAUACAUUGUAUUACUGAAUAAUUUCACACGCUACUUUUGAAAUGUUGAGUCCAAAGCAUUGCCAUA